CAAAUCGCCCGGUACCCGAGAUGCAUUUCUUUAGUAAAAUUAAUUUUAAUUAAAUUAUAUAUAAAUAUAAGCUACUGAAGGUCAGUUGUAUGACAUUCGUUAAAAUAAGGUGUGUUUUUAUACCAGGUCCAAAAGUUUUCUUCAUUCUGUAAUUCUCAGAAGACGCGCCCACUUGGAUACGAUCGGACUUGAGUAUUUAUAACGGGCUUGUCUAUGUUACUUGCUUGACUAGGGUAACCAAACGUGAACGCAACCUCAACAUGAAUACGAACAGACAUGGAGUUUGAAAUGUAAAUUUUCUGUGAAAUAUUAGGAUUUGAGUUGCCAUAGAGGUAACUUAAAACUUCAACUUAACCACAAAAGUUUGUUUUCGUGGAACUCAUUCGGACUUAUUGGCAGGACAGAAAUCCCACUUUCUUCAGCGACCGAAAGGAACGUUUAAGGAACUGAGACAGUUUUCCUGACGAUUUCCUGUGUUUAUGUCACAUGAGUUAACUGAGGCCCAGAAGAAACAAGCAGGAGACAAGCAGGUUCUAGUCAUGAUUUAGCCAUGCCUGAAUGUGUGUGUGAAGGGUGUGGGCACUCCACAUCUUCUCUUUUCAGUUGGCUUAGUAUGACCCGGUAUUCCUGAACUAUUAUUCAUCUCAGAUUUGAAACAAUUUGAGGAAUUGCCACCAGGACACUAAGAAGAGCAUUUGUGUGAAAGAAGUGUACAGGCAUUAUCAGCAUUAGGACCUCUGCUUUCAAAGGUGUUGCAACAAUGAACGAAUACACAGAAGAUUAUGUAAAUUACACCUAUGAUUAUCAAGAGUAUGGAGACUUUGAAGACCCUGAAGUCAGAAGUGAAUACUCCCAAAAGAUGACAUUGCACAUCAUAUCAGUAGUCAUAUACAGCAUUUCCUUUGUGCUUGGUGUCACUGGAAAUGGAGUAGUUAUAUGGGUGACUGCCUUUAAAAGCAAACGAACGGUGAACAGUAUAUGGUUGCUGAACCUGGCUAUUGCAGACUUUGUGUUUGUUCUGUUUUUACCUUUCUCCAUCGACUAUGUGCUUCGAGAUUUCCACUGGUCUUUUGGACUGGUCAUGUGUAAGCUGAACUCAUUUGUGUCUGUGGUGAACAUGUAUGCCAGCGUUUUCUUCCUCAUGAUACUCAGUCUAGACAGGUAUGUUUCACUGGUCCACCUUAGCUGGUCUCAGAGGUGUCGCACUGUCAGGUGUGCCUGGAUCACAUGUGGCUGUGUGUGGGGGACAUCUGCUCUACUGAGCCUCCCUACCCUGAUAUUUCGGGACAUUAUGCACAUCCAUGACAAGGUGGUGUGCUUCAAUAACUUCAGUUUCCAGGAUGAACAUACAGCUGCUAUGAGACACAUCACGUUGGUGGCCAUACGCACGACCGUGGGCUUCUUACUGCCCUUCAGUGCCAUCUGCAUGACAGGAAUUCUCCUGGCAAUCAAAGUCCACCAGUCUGAUAGUCCUGUACGCAUUUCCGGUUUCUCUAAAAUAGUUUCAGCUGUAAUUUUUGCCUUCUUUUUGUGCUGGGCACCGUUUCAUACAUUUAGUUUAAUGGAGCUUUCCAUUCAUUCUUCACUGUACCUACACACAGUUCUAAAAACAGGCUUUCCGCUGGCUACGAGCUUAGCCUUUUUCAACAGCUGCAUCAAUCCCAUCCUCUACAUGCUGGUUGGCAAGAAGGUUCGCCAGCUCAUGAAACGCUCGUGUCUUGACAUCACAAAGAGUUCUCUGCGGGAGCUCAGUCAGUCCAUCUCUGGAACUGAAUCAGUGUCUAUAGCAGACAUCAAUGCAGAUGUAGGUCCACCAGAGGAGCCCACAGAAUCAUCCGCUGUAUGAUUGUAAUGCAGUUGUUUCUAAACCCAGUUACCUAAAGCAGAAACUGACAAAAUAUGCCAUUUUACCAUUUAGAACUGGUCUAACCAUUAUUUAACCAGAUGUUUUCAGUAUUCUUCUUUGAUGUAAUUUGUAGUUGUUUCAGUUGGAGACUUCCAAGCAGGAAUUACUCAGAGUGCCAAAUCCUGUUGACUGUAAAUUGCUCUCAGUGGAAAACCUGAGUGAAACUGUGUGCUAAAAUUAUAACUUGCACAAAUAAAAAUAAUUCCAGGAUUUGAAAAAGUAAUCUGAACCUAAUUAUUCUCAGUUAUUAUAUGGCUGGUGCGCACAAUAAAGUUCUACUAGGCCUUCUUUUAAAAUCUAUUUACAUUAGUCCUAUAAAUGAUCUCUGUUUACAUUGUAUUUGCAGGUUAUUUUUCAGUGUGGCAUACAUUUCCCUGUGAGGGAAUUUGCAGUGUAAGCAAUUUGUAAAUUAUAUUAUAUUAAAGUUAAAUGAAUAACAAUAAAUCCAAUCUCUCUUUAUUGGUAGUGUGUAGCAAUAUGUAUUGUGUCUGUAUUGUCAGGAUGCAGAAGUUUAUUAGGCACCAGGAGUACUGCUAUAUAGAGUUGGGCAAAUUCUCCAGGGAACUAACAGGAUAUUGCCUGUAACCUCUUUGACAAUACACUUAGGAACAAAUAAACAUGCUACCCAAAUAGGUGAUCAAAGCAAAAGCCCACAAGAUGUGUACACCUAUCACUAAUUCACUGUAGCAAGACUGUUGCCACCUUGCCACUCUCCACCACCAUGGAUGUGCAUUUCCAAUGUCAUUCACUGUACAUUAACUAUAGCCUGAACUUUCUAUUUGUUUCCAAUGAAAAUCUAGCUGUUCCUUGUUAUUUCUUAGACUGACGCUGCAAAAAAAAAAAUGUUUACCUUGAGUAAUAAGAUGCACAUCUGUGACCAUGGGACCAUGGCCCGUGGAAGCAGCAUUGUAAUUAUCUCCACCACCGUGUAUUCAGCCAUUAUACCUUGUCACAAUGUUUAGAAAUGUGGGGUAUUGACAUUUGAUUUAAAACUAAAUUCAAAGAAUGAAACUAGAUUUGGAUUCAGGUAUUUACACGCAUCGAUAGGAAGAACAAUGGUUUGAACUGUAUUACUGAGACAGCCAAGGACACAUUCUCUCCACCAGUGCAAAUACUUUAACAUACUAGAUAGAAUGUAGAAGUUUGGCUAUACAAACUUACAACUGUGUAAUAGAUUUAAAAAAAUGUAUUUGUUUAAAUGUGUAUUUUGUUUAAGUUUAUGGUAGCAAAUGCAUAUAUGUGUGCAUCGCUUAC